UGGUCAGGCAACCAACCCAUCAAGUCCGUUCGAUAUGAAGUCAUCUUCUACGCUGGACGGUCUACGUCCGUGGUCGAUCAGUUGCUUAUCUCGAAUGGAGGGGCGUGUCUUUAUGUAGCGCAUGUCCGAUAUCAUUGUCUCCCGUAUCUGCUCGACCUGCUCUGUCAUGAACUUGAUUUACCAUUCCCGACUGCCAAAUCCCGGGACUUGUUACGCAACAUUGUCAGGCCUUUUCCCCGCUUCGGCUGGAACACGAGAGAACUUGCAGUUCCUUCGAUUCUUCCGUACUGUGUCUUCUAGGAGUACUAUACAUGGCUCUCGCUACCUUAGGGCUACUCACCGUCGGCGCUAUACCAACAGUUAUCGGCGUAGCGGAAGCGAUUGACGCGCAGAAGAAGCAAAACCAACAGGCAAAGGACAGAAUUAAGUUUAAGUUGACGGCGAAAUUUUCGCAUAACGGCGUGUCGCCGCCGAGAGAUGCCCUGGUGGUGUUCAAGGAUAAGAAGCUUUACUUAAGCCAUCCGGAUCAGCCGGUAGAAGGAUACCCUUUCAACGGCUUCUAUUUCGCCUACCCCGGCCCAGAGCAGCACCAGGGGCUGGUGGCGCCCAUAGCGGAUGAUCCGCCGAUGCUCAAUUGGAUUUAUGUCGAUAAGGACACGGGAUUACUGCGUCAUGGCUCGAGGUCGGAGACCACUGAGCAUAUUAUUGGACCCUGGAGCUGGACCGAAGAUGAGGAGUGGCUCAUCCUCCAGGGGACACAGCGCUUCAUCGCCGUCGAGAACGAUGACGGGAAAUGGACGGUUCAUUACGACAGAAAUGGGAAUCUAGACGAGAUACUGGACUGCGAUAUGGUGGAUAUCGAAUUACAUCGCGAGCUUCAGCUCGGCGUGUCCAGUCGAUAUACCAGAGACUAGAAGACACAACAAACAGACGGUCAGAUCCCGACUUGGAGUGGAGGGGGAGCAAGGGAGGGAAUGAAUAACCCGCAUUACAUGUAGAUGCAGUCAAACAAGAUGUACCUCAUCGAGAUCUGAGGUUCAGGCGAAGGGUACUGGGAAGAAAACUUGCUUUUCGGCGCAGAGAAAUCGCAGAAACGACUCGUAAAUAUUUCCUGGUGACACCCAGGAACUCCGACCACACACCCUCCUCUCCUCCUCGGGGUAACGUGAACCCCUGCUGGAUUGGCUCGCAAGUCAGGAGGGGUAUGCGAUUCUACGUCAGCCCUUCAGCCACUCGCACACUCCCGAGACACGAACGGUUGGUGGCCAGGCAAAGUGAUGCAGUAGGCG